UGAAUAAUGCCACAAAGUCAAUAAGAUGUUCACACUUAGUUCAAGGCAGCUUCGUGGAUAUUGCACGCUGCUUGGAUCAAUUAUGUGAUCUUCUCUUAUUGUUUGACCCAUUACAGCACCUACCGAUUCCUUCACAAUCUUCACAACAAGUUCCAUUUUUUACUUCUGAAAGUAAAGGCUGUUACAUAGGUACCAUCAUGACACAGCUACCAUCAUCAUCAUCUUCUUCUUCUUCCACCUAUGAAGGGACCCAUGAUGUGUUCCUCAGUUUCAGAGGCGAUGACACUCGAAGUGGCUUCACUGGCAACCUAUACAAGUCUCUUUGUGACAGGGGAAUUCACACCUUCAUAGAUGAUGAAGGGCUUAGAAAAGGGGAAGAGAUUAGACCUGCUCUUUUCAAGGCUAUUGAGCAGUCUAGAAUUGCCAUUGUUGUUUUCUCUGAAAAUUAUGCUGACUCAACUUACUGUCUUGAAGAACUUAUCGUGAUCCUUGAGUGCAUACUUAGAAAAGGUCGAUUGGUUUGGCCAGUGUUUUACGGGGUUACUCCAUCUUAUGUGCGGUUUCAGAAGGGUUCUUAUGGGAAAGCAUUGGCCAAGCAUGGAGAAAGAUUCAAGAAUGACCAGGAGAAGCUGCAAAAAUGGAAGCUAGCUCUUCAAGUAGCUGCUGGCUUGUCCGGUUCGCAUUUCAAGCUCAAACAAGGGUAUGAACAUGAACUUAUUCGGACAAUUGUUGAAGAGGUUUCCAAAAAGAUAAAUCGUAGCCCUUUACACGUGGCUAAUUAUCCAAUUGGAUUGGAAUCUAGAGUGCAAGACGUGAAGUUACUUUUGGAUGUUGGAUCUAAUCGGGGAGUAAGCAUGGUUGGGAUUUUUGGAAUCGGGGGAAUAGGUAAGACUGCAAUUGCAUGUGCAGUGUACAAUGCCAUUGCUGAUCAAUUUGAUGUUCAGUGUUUCCUUGGUGAUAUUAGACAAAAAUCAAUGAAGUAUGACUUGGUACAACUUCAGGAGACAGUACUUUCUGAAAUGGUUGGGGAGAAAAGUAUCAAGUUGGGGAGUAUUAAUAGGGGAAUGGCAGUUAUGAAAAGCAAGCUUCAAAGAAAGAAAGUUCUUUUGAUUCUUGAUGAUGUUGAUAAAUUGGAGCAAUUAAAGGCACUUGCUGGUGAUCCUUCCUGGUUUGGUGAUGGCAGCAAAAUCAUUGUCACGACAAGGAACAGACGUUUUUUACGAGUACAUGGUGUUGAAAGAACAUACGAAGCCAAAGGGUUGGAUGAUAAAGAAGCUCUUGAGUUGUUUAGUUGGCAUGCUUUUAAAAGGAAUGAAGUCGGUCCAGGUUACUUGGAUAUCUCUAAGCGUGCAGUAUUUCGUUGUAAUGGCCUUCCAUUGGCUUUAGAAAUAAUAGGUUCUAACUUGAAUGGUAUAACAAUGUCUGAAUGGGAAGCAGCAUUAGAUACCAUUGAAAGAAUUCCAGAUGAAGAUAUUCAAGAAAAACUAAAAGUAAGCUAUGAUGGUUUGAAGGGAAAUGAAAAGGAAGUUUUCCUUGACAUGGCUUGUUUCUUUAGAGGCUACCAUUUGAAAGAUGUCAUAAAUUUAUUGCUCCAAAGUCGUGGUUUCUCACCAGAGUAUGUUAUUCGCAUGUUGGUGGAUAAAUCUCUCAUAAAAAUCGAUCAAUAUGGUUUUGUGCAAAUGCAUAACUUGGUAGAGGACAUGGGCAGAGAAAUUGUCAGGCAAGAAUCACCAUCAGAGCCUGGAAAACGCAGUAGAUUAUGGCUUUAUGAGGAUAUUGUUGAUGUUUUAGAAAAUGACAAGGGAACUGAUACAAUUGAAGUAAUCAUGCUACACUUGCCAAAGAAUAGGGAAGUUCUAUGGAAUGGAAGUGAGCUCAAGAAGAUGACAAACUUAAAAAUGCUAACUAUUGAAAAUGCCGACUUUUCUAGAGGCCCUGAAUAUCUCCCAAGUAGUUUGAGAGUACUAAAGUGGCGGGGAUAUCCUACACAGUCUCUGCCACCUGAAUAUGAUCCAAGGAGACUUGUUAUGUUAGACUUGUCUAUGAGUCGCAAUAUAUUGGGCAAACAACUCAACCUCAUGGUAUGCACAAUUGAUAUCUUUCUUGAAAUAUUUUGUUUGUUUUAUAUAUUUAUAUUCAUAAACAGCAUGUGGAAAUUUCCAAAACUAAUCGCUUUUAGUUUGGCUUACCAGAAGUUCGAGUCUUUGAGUGAAAUGGUUUUAAGAGGUUGCAGAUUCAUAAAACAGGCACCUGACAUGUCUGGAGCCAAAAAUUUAAGAAAGCUGUGUCUUGAUAACUGCAAGAAUUUAGUACAAGUUCAUAAUUCCAUCGGACUUCUUGACAAACUAACAUGGUUCACUGCUAUUGGAUGCACCAGUCUAAGGACUCUUCCCCAUAGCUUCAAGUUAACAUCACUUGAAUAUCUGUCUCUCAGAAAAUGUUCAAGCCUCCAGCGUUUGCCAAACAUAUCAGAAGAAAUGAAACAUAUGAAAAAUCUUGACCUUUGUGGAACUGCUAUUGAGCAAUUGCCAUAUUCGUUUAGGAAACUCACUGGGCUUAAAUAUUUAGUACUAGACAAGUGCAAGAGGCUUAAUCAGAUCCCAAUAAAUAUUUUGAUGUUACCAAAACUUGAGAGAUUGACAGCUGUAAAAUGUGGAAGAUAUGUAAAUUUGAUCCUUGGUAAAAGUGAAGAACAAGUAAGAUUGGCUUCAUCUGACUCUUUGAUAGAUUUUAGGUUAAACUACAAUGGUUUGACGCCCACCAGCUUCCCCAAUGUAGAGUUCUUAGUCCUAACUGGCUGUAGUUUCAAAGUCCUUCCUGAAUGCAUCAGCCAAUGUCGCUUUCUAAAGAAUCUAGUUUUGGACAACUGCAAGGAGCUUCAAGAAAUCAGAGUGGUUCCUCCAAAGAUAAAAUAUCUGUCGGCAAUAAACUGUACAUUAUUGUCUCAUGAGUCUCAAAACAUGUUGUUGAAUCAGAGAUUACAUGAGGGUGGGGGAACAGAUUUUUCCCUUCCAGGAACAAGGUUACCAGAAUGGUUUGAUCAUUGUACUAGGGGGCCAUCCCUGUCUUUCUGGUUUCGUAACAAAUUUCCAAGGAUGACUCUAGCUGUUGUUGGAGUUUUAGACAAGCAAGGCAGUUUUCCCAUGUCAAGAUUCCACCUGCUCAUCAAUGGCAUUCAAAAGCUGCAUUGCCAUUUCACUGUGCAAUCAAAAUUAAUCACAUAUCAUAUAUUCUUGUCCGAUGUGCUGCUAAAGUCCUACAAUGGUGGAUUGGAAAGUGUGUAUGGGGAGGAUGGGUGGAACCAUGUUGAGGUUUCAUACGUGGGACCAAGAGUCUUUCCACAUUCAUGCAGAACCAAGAAAGGAACCAUUAAAUGGAUGGGGGUUCAUGUUCACAAGCAAAAAACAAACAUGCAAGAUAUUCGGUUCAUAAAUCCUUGGUUUCCGAAAAGAGCACAUAGUGAAGUUUCCAAGGCUGAUCUGCAAGAAAGUUUUCAGUCAUUGCCCAAAAGAAUCCGUGUAUCACAUCGCAAGGAAAUUUGUGAGGCACCACAGACGAAGCAGCAUGAAGCUAACAGCAGUUAUCAUGGUGUAUCACAGAGGCUAUGGUUGGCAAUUUGUAGCAUUGCAGCUCCUCUAAAUGUUAAAGUACUGAUGUGGAAUAUUUGUCAGGAUGAUUUGCCAACUUUUGAAUAUCUUUUCAGGAGAAAGCUUGUACUUAGUCCGCUCUGCCCCAUCUGUGGAACGGAGCCUGAAACUGUCGAACAUGUGUUCCUGUUUUGUCCAUGGACACGACCCCUUUGGUUUGGAAGUGAUUUCCAGUGGUGCAUUGAUGUUAAAGAAGUUCAAAGCUUUCAACUUUGGCUUUGGCAUAAACUGAUGGAGAUUCAAAGGGUAUAUCCAGAAAAUGCCAACCGAAUAUCGGCUCAGGUAGGAAGCAUUUGUUGGUCUAUCUGGAAAGGAAGGAAUGAAUUUGUUCUUGAAGGCAAACCUGUCAAUCCUUUGAUUUUAAGGUAGGGCCUCUGUGUAAAUGAUGAGAAUAAUUUUCACAUUUUAAAGGAGAUCUGCAUGUAUUAUGUUUCUACCUC